AUGAUUUUGAUUCCAGCUCUUUCGACAACUAUUCGACCCGCAUGCUGUCCUAAGUCAGGUUUGUGGAGCCAAUGGGCGACGGAUGAGAGGUGCGCUGACACCUGUGGCUCAUGUGCUCAGCUGACGUAUCGCCGCAAAUGCCAAUCUGAAGAAGGUGGAUGUCCUUGCGUUGGAAGUUAUGUCAAGGUAGAGAACUGCAAUAUUGGCACAUGUUCCUUCCCACGUUUAUCCUGUUGCACCCCCUAUACUUCCACAUUAGUUAAUGGAAGGAAUGCCUGUGGACCACAGCCGCCCAACUUUACGGAACCUCUUGUUGAUACAUCUUGUUGUCCAACGGAUGGUUUCUGGGCUGAAUGGGAUGAAUGGAGCGGCUGCACUGGAGCCAGCUGUUUCAGGUGUGGAUCUGCCACCAGAACUCGCAAAUGCGCUUCGGAUUCUUACGGUUGUUCGUGCAUAGGUAACAACACUGAAACCCAGAGUUGCAUAGUGUUGGGGACGUGGAGUGAAUGGACGGUAGGAUUUUACACAAAAAGAGUUUGCCCGAAAUUGCUACACCCUGUAACGCUAGUGCAUGUGGUUCUUGUCAGUUCCAGAGGAAAACUCGUAUUUGCAAUGCGGAAGGAGGAUGCAGUUGCAUGUACUGUUAUUCUUCAUUCCCAGGCCUACAUCUUGCCACUGUAUUAUUGCAGAGGAGCCGAUGAAAUGCAUACUAUAUGUAAUACCGCUCCCUGUGCAAAUUCUACUACAAAAUGUUGCUCAGGAUUCGAUGAAAUGAACCAGAAUGGACUCAAAAUUUGUGGACCACUUAUGUUCAUAAUGAACUAUGAAGAAAUAAAAGCCUUCCCGUUGUUUCAGAUGAAUCCACCCUCAGUGAAACCUCUGAUGAAAUGCGAGAAUAGGACGUGCUGUGCGAUAGGAGGCCUAUGGACGGAAUGGUCGAGCGGGAGCGCUUGUUCAGAUACUUGCGGACACUGUGGAACGACAACACGCACAAGAGGUUGCAUAUCUGAACAGUUCGGAUGCCCUUGCUCGGGACCAAGCACUAAGCAGUCUGAGUGCGCAUCAACUCCGUGUGUCUUCCCGCGUGCAUCUUGUUGUGGAAAUCGAACGGUAGAAUUGGCGUCCGAUAAACAUUGGCAAUGUUCUAGCAACGAUGAGACAAGUCCCUCGCCGUCAAAUACGUGCUGGACCUGCUGCCCAAGCACGGGAGGGUACUGGUCUGAAUGGACGGAGGGAGGUGCAUGUAGCGAUAUUUGCGGUUCGUGUGGUCAAGUUACGCAAUCGCGAACCUGCUUGACGGAACAACACGGCUGCUUAUGCAGAGAUUCCUGCUGUUCACCGUAUUCGUCAACGCUUAUAGAUGGAAAACAUACAUGUGGGCCUCAGCCCAACUACACAACUCCCCUCGUAGCGGUUGAUCCAUUCUGUAACAAUACGUGUUGUCCUGAUAACGGAAUAUGGUCAGAAUGGACAGUAACACCAAAUGAAUGCUCAGAUUACUGUGGAUCAUGCGGAAAUACAACGAAAGUCAGGACUUGCUUGUCAGAAACUAAUGGCUGUCCCUGCACCGGAGCUUCAACGAUAUCAACUCCCUGUAAAACGGAUACAUGCAACUUCCCUCGUUUAUCGUGUUGUCCAGGUUUCGAAUCAAUGGUCAUCAAUGGACGACAUACUUGUGGGCCACUGCAGGCCGUCGAAGAAGACUCUUCCAUCAACACCUGUGGAGUGGACUGCUGCCCAUCAAAUGGAAUCUGGGGUGAAUGGAGUAUCAUCGUACCCUGUAACGACACUUGCGGUUCAUGUGGAACACGUGUACAAUCUAGAAAAUGUCUUUCUCUAAAUUAUGGAUGCCCUUGCACAGGGAAUGCUGUGGAAUACCAAGUCUGCGGGACAAAAGUGUGCACCUUCCCGAGGGCCACGUGUUGUGUCGGCUAUACAAAGAAAGCAGAUCUUGCCAGCAAGACAUUUUACUGCGGACCUCUGCCAGGGGAGCUUCCGUUCAAUCCUGAUCAGACGACCUGUUGCGAUCCAGAGAAGAAGGGGCUCUGGAACGAAUGGACUGAAUGGUCUGCAUGCAGUGCCAAUUGUGGCCUUUGUGGUACCCAAGCGCGUAAUCGCACUUGUGCGUCAGCUUUAUACGGUUGUGAGUGCACUGGAAGCAAUACCGAAUCGAGGAAUUGUGAUCAAGCGGCCUGCACGAAUGGACCAGUUUGCUGUAAGGGUUAUCCGACGAUAGGCUAUGACGGUGCCAUUUUCUGUCAACCUAAUACGCCUGUACAAUGUGACGGAACUUGGACACAGUGGAUGCCAAAUACGGGUGCUUCUUGUAACGAUACCUGUGGAAUGUGUGGUGUCAUAGCUUCUCACCGUUACUGUUGGCCUUCGGGAUGCCAGUGCACUGGACCAUUCAAAGCACAUCAGGCUUGUGCAUCAACUGUCUGCACAUUCCCGAGGACCACCUGCUGUGCUCCUUACGUGAGAAAGAUCGUCAACAAACACUUUGUUUGUGCCUGA